UUCUUUUAGUCACAGCCAAAGAGUGUAAUGUUGUUCGUUUGGCUCACUGCUCAUUAUUUAUAUGUGGCCACUUGAGAAUACUAAUUACUGAAUACUUCCAUAAGUCUUUCAAGUUCUCCACAGGCCAAAAGGGAUCUAGUAAGAGAGAAGAUGGAGUCAAUAAAUUUAAAGCUUAUGGCCUUAGUUUUUUUGGGAAUGUUUGCAGGGCAGUCAAGUGCAGCCUUCAGUGACUGCUAUACAAGGUGCUUCAUCUUCUGCAUGAUUGAUCCUUCUCAGACAGUAUGCAAAUGCACUACCAAAUGCUUGAAACAGUGUAUCUUCAAUUCAGAUUCUGAUUCUGGUUCUGCUUCUACCAAUAGUGUGGGACACAAAGCAGACAGUAGCAACCUUAAGUUCUGCAAAUUGGGCUGUGCCUUUUCUACCUGCUCCACUCUUAGCAAAAAACAUCAACCUAAUGGUGAAAAGAUGGAUGACUGUGUUGGAUCCUGCUCAAGAAACUGCACCGAGAGCUACUGAUCGCCAUAGAAGUGGCAUCAUUAGUGGAUUUCAUUAUCCUCAGUUAAUCUUUGUGAUUUCUCUUAUUCCCCUUCUUUUUAUUAUCUCUCUUAUUUUCCAAGUUAUUAAGGAUGCAAAAUCAAUUUACAGAUUGUGUUUCAGAAUGUGGUCGUCUCUCUUAUAUUAAAAGCUUCCCUUAAAAAAAGGGGUAUGUUAUGCAUCAGAAAUUUACAGUAUUCACUAUAAUAGCUACUCAUGUAACAAUCCACUUGUGAUUUCUCUCCAUUUCUUAGAUUGAGUGAAAUGUCAGUUUGCUUUUACCGGUUGUGGCGACAA